ACUCUCGCGAGAGCGUCGAGACCCGGCCCGGCCCUGACAGCGAGGGACGAUGGCAGCGGUGGGCGGGCGGCUCCUGGUGGCUGGCGCGGGACGGGCGCGGGGCAGAGGGCUGCGCCAGGCUCCAGCCGCAUCUCUGGUGCCGUCCCGGAGCGCCACGGUCACCCGCAGCGGAGCCAUUUUGCCUAAGCCGGUUAAGACGCCCUUUGGCCUCCUGAGAGUGUUCAGCGUUGUGAUCCCGUUCCUGUAUGUCGGGACGCAGAUCAGUAAGAACUUCGCAGCCCUGCUGGAAGAACACGACAUCUUCGUCCCAGAGGAUGACGACGACGAUGACUAAAGGGUACGGGAAUGGCACGACUGUCUCCAGGGGUGCCACUACUGGUGCUUCUGUUUGCCAUGGUGCUGGGACACAGCCCUGUAGGGAGUGCAGGCAGCAGCUGUGGUUGAAGCUGAGGACAUGAACAGCUGCGCUGCCACUGGCUGUGAGCUUUUUGGUUCCUCUGUAAGCAAGUAGGCUGGAUGUAUGUACUUUCCUUCAUCUGAUGUGAUUCCAUCUGGUUUGUCCUUUUGUGUAAGAUUUUACUUUGGGUGUUAUUUCAUUAUAUCCAGCAGUGUUGUUUUAUAGUCAUGUGUGCAGUGUGCAGCUAAAAACAAGUUUGCAGAGAUCUCAGUCGCUCGUUAGAAACUUGUUUUUUGCAAAUUGCCACCUUGCCUAGUUUGUGGGAAGGAAUAUGGCUGCAGAUUGCUAUGGCAUAUAUCUGAAGAGUAAUGUCUUUUUACUCUGUUUGCAGAACUGUAAUUGAAGAACAGAAGGGAGGAAACCAUUGACAGACAGACAUAGUGCCAGCAUCUGCCAUCCAUGUUUUGUCCUUCUUCAAGAGGACGGGGGGGCAUUACAUCCCCUUUGCCAGUGAAUGUCCUGCACUUGUAUGUAUAUGAAAAAUCUAUAGAUCAGGGUUGAAAUAAGUGCUUCAUAAGCUCUGCAUCCUUGCACAUACACACUCCAACCUCAUAAAGAACUGCGUGGGAUUCCUUAUAUUAGCAAUAUAUUAAAGAACAAGACAUUUGA